AUCCAAAGGGGAGCUGCAGGUAUCGGACAAAGAGCGCCACACUCAGCUGGAGCAAAUGUUCCGAGACAUCGCCACCAUCGUGGCUGACAAAUGUGUGAACCCCGAAACAAAGAGGCCCUACACAGUGAUCCUCAUAGAGAGAGCCAUGAAGGACAUCCACUACUCUGUCAAACCCAACAAGAGCACCAAGCAGCAGGCCCUGGAAGUGAUCAGGCAGCUGAAGGAGACCAUGCAAAUUGAACGUGCUCACAUGAGGCUGAGGUUUAUCCUCCCACCAAAGGAGGGCAAGAAGCUGAAAGAGAAGCUCAAGCCACUGAUUAAAGUUAUUGAGAGCGAGGACUUCCAGGAGCAGCUGGAAAUUGUGUGCCUUGUGGACCCAGGCUGCUUCCGAGAGAUCGACGAGCUGAUCCGGAGCGAGACCAAAGGGAAGGGGUCCCUGGAAGUGCUCAGCCUGAAGGAUGUGGAGGAGGGAGAUGAAAAGCUGGAAGCGAUUCGCCAGCUGGGCAACGACAUUGAGAAGAUGCUCAUGAAAAUUCAGACUGGGCAGAGGGUGACCAGCAUGUACCUGCAGGUGCAGGACAUCAUGAGGAAGGAGCUGUUCUACCUGCCUCGGUACCUGGACCUCAUGUGUGGGAUAACUGUGAUGUACAAUGAGGAGCUCACAUCCCGGCAAGACCUCAAAGCCACUGAUGUAAUCAAGAAACUCAUGGCCGAGGCAGGCCCCCAGGUCCUCCUGGAGAGGUCCCUCAGGGAGCAGUCCCUGCUCGAGCAGAGGGAGAACCUCGAGAACCUCCAGCAAAAGACAGAGACCGAGAGGCAGCUGAGAGAGCAAGCGGCGUCCCUGCUCUCCGCCGACCAAGCCCAGAGCUCCUCGGACGCCAUGGGGGUCCUGCCCUGCCGCUGCCCUCCCGCCCCAGGGGCCGACGCGGAGGCCGCCAUGACCCAGCUGGAGCACGAGGCCUUUGUGAACGACAAGAUGGAGAUGGCCAAGGCUGCCCUGCAGUGCUCCAACAUCUGGGACAUCCCGGGCAGCCUCCUGGCACAGCUGAAGUCCCUGGAGGACCUGGAGCAGCACAUCCAGGAGUGCAAGGAGAACAAGCAGGUGCUGAGGCAGAUGCUGAAGGAGCUGGAGUUGAAGCAGGCGAGGCUGAAGUUUCACCAGCCCCUCGGCACAACCAGCCUGCGGGAGGAGGAGCUGAGGGAGAACCUGCAGCGGGAGGAGUCCCGGCUGGAGCAGCUGCAGGCGCAGAUGAGGAGGAACCAGGAGCAGCUGAUCGAGUUUGAGAACAGCAUCGACAACCUCUUCGUCCACCUCCACAGCAUCACCAUGCCCGACCAGGGGGACUCUCCCCGGCCCGUGGGGUUGGAGGAGAAGCUCAAGCAGUGUGAGGAGAAGCUGCAUUACCUGAAGCAGAGGGUGUCCGACCGCCCCCCCAGCGCCCAGACCUACGACAAGCACAGUGAGGUCCGUCCCUGA